GUUUUGUUCGUUCCGAAGUUAGAUGGUAGGUUGGUUGGUAAAAAGUCUGGUAAAAAUCGAAAAAUAGAUAUCUGUUUCGUUUUGUUUCGCUUACUGUCAAAAAAAAGCAUCUGAUAUCAGUGGCUGAAUCUGAAGAAUUCGGUUCUGGCCACUUCUGGCACAAUUUGGAUAAAGUCGUACACAAUCGUAAGCGUUAAACAAAAUCUAGGUGCAUCAUUUUCAAUUAAAGUAGUAACAAAAUAUACAAUAUCGUUUUAUAACUUACAAAAAUAACUAAAUCAGUUAAGUGAAACAGGAGGAAUUCAAGAAUGGGUUCUGAAGCGUUAUUGACUGCUGAAAAUGAAAUUCGAGACAACUUGGUGACAACAGCUGUAAAAUUUCUGACAAAUCCAAGUGUGCAACGAUGCACUAUGGAGAGCAAAGAACGGUUUCUACGUAACAAAGGCCUCACAGACCCUGAGAUACAAAAGGCUGUAGAAAAGUGUGCUGAACUUAUUGACAUGCCAUCAGUUACAUCAGAGCUUAUGUACUUUCGACAUUCAAGAAGUUCCUGGUUCAAGGAUAAUGUAAUGCCGUUAAUUAUAUAUGGAGGAAUUGCCUAUGGAUGCUAUUGGUUCUAUAAGAACUUUAUAAGACACAUACUCUUCAUUGAACAACCAAAGCGAAAGUCCACAUCGGAGUGCAUAGACGAACUCCGCAAGUCACUAGACAUAUUGAACGCGAAUGUGACGUCGCUGCGCUCGGAAAUGCAAGCAACGACCCAACAGAGCAUAUUACGGUCGCAACUCGACAACCUCAAGUCUGAUAUAGCAUCUGUAAAAGGAAUACUGUUAAAUAGGAACCAAUUCCCCCCGCUCAAGACGCGGUCCGACCCCCCCUCUAUCCCCGCGUGGCAGAGGCAAUCCGAAGAGGCCACGUCCACGGAACCCGUGGCUGAAGAGAAGAAGAAGCCCCACAGGAGUCGCAGUCAGCGCUCCGAGUCCGGCGGAUCCAACUCCAGCGAGGGGGAGCAGGCUACCAAGAACAGUGAUAGCAGCUUGGAGAUCAUAACAUGAAGAGUGGUGAGGAGACUUAUCUUCCAUGGUCCCUGAGUCUUCGAUUGGUGUUGCUUGACAGUUACUCUACUUAAAUUCUUCUAAACACUAGAUUAACAAUUAUAUUUUAAACUGGUAUUUUGGUAUUCGUGUUGUAUGAGAAACUGCUAUGUAGUUUCGUUGUAAACUUUUAAUCUAGUCUAAUUUUUACUCUUAACAAAUUACAGCCUUCAGUUUGGCAUUUGAAAGUUACAUAAUUGUAACCUUCAUUAGAAUUUGAAGUUUAUAAAUAUAUUUCAGAUUGCAAAGUGAAUAUAAAAAUAAAACAAUUACAUGAAUUAUAUAUUUAUUAUUACAGUAUAAUUUCAAAAUUUUAUAUGUUUUAGCGCAUCACGAUUGACGUCAUCAUUUAUAAUUUAUUAUUAUAACAUGAUAAUUAUAUUUAUAGAUAAUUAUAUUUUUAAUAGUUCUUUCUAGGAUGUGUCUCUCAUACCUCCUAGUGUGAACAUUGUCACUGUAAUAAUAUCGAACUUCAUAAUAAUUUUACUAUAUUUUAUAUCUUUUUCUAUUAUUAUCAAUUUGAAAAUCUUCACUUUAAAUUCUUUUUAUUUUAAUUCAUAAUAAUUUGUUACUUAUUUUUAUUAUGUUAAUACGUUUUGAAUAACUGUGCGCCUGGAAAAUGUGUAUGUCAACUUAAUUGUCAAUUGCAAAUUCCAUCGCAAGGCAAACUGGUAGGCACAAGUUGUAUAUUUUUACAAAAAUAUUUUAUCACAUCUCUUGCCUGAUGCAUGGGCGUUCUUAAACUUAUUCUCUUAGGAGCGUCCAUAAAUUACGUGAGAUGUUUAAGGGGGGGAGGGGGUCGAGUGAAAUCUCAUCUAAUCUUACGUUGGAGAGAGGGGGGGUCUCGGCAAAUAUCACGCAUUUUUUUUUUAAUGAAACAAAGAGAACUAUACUAUUUUGGUCCAUUUAAUCUAGAUUGUAAACGCUUAAUAUUUAAUCGUAAGCGUUAUCGUAAUACGAUUAAAUCAUUCACUUAUUGGUUCGAAAGGAAAGUAGCCGUAAAUAAAAGCACGAAGCAUUUUUUUUUUUCUUUUUACAAUAACAAUCCAACGCGUUUACGUAAAAAACCCACAUUUUGAAAAAUCUCACGUGAGAUUGGGGGAUGGGGGAGGGGGUUGAAUAAAAUCUCACGACAUCUCACCAGGGGGGGAGGGAGGGACAGAAAAUUCAAAAAAACACCUCACGUAAUUUAUGGACGCCCCCUUAACAGUUAUAUUAUUUUAAAGGUGGCUCUUACUGCCUUAUUACAAAAAGUUUAAUUGAACAAGUUACAACGGGUUAGAUGCACUGAUUUUAUUUAUUUAUUGACGUUUCGCAGCCUUUGCAGGAAUGCGUCGCUGGUAUAAUGACUUUUUAUUUACUUUGUCGAGCUAUUAUCGAAAGACUUUUAUUGAGCGUUCGGAUAUUUCAUUGAAAAAUUUUUAAAACUUUAUUGUCUAUGAAUGAAUUUAUUAGCUAAUUUAAUUAAUAAAGUACUUUAUUUAAUUCUUUUUAUAAUUAAGAGUUUAUUUAUUUGACCCUAACUACCGUAAACUACCACCGAUUCCAAAAUUGGGAGACCUUUCUGAGAAGAACCGGUGAAACAAACUCCAGAGAGGCUUUCUAUCUCCUUCUUAUAUUAAAUCAUUCAAACAAAUAGAACUAAUAGUAUUUGUUGCAUGUAUCAGUGCAUCUAACCCAUUGAAACUUGUUUUAUUUAAUGAGUGAUGUGCGUAAAAACCUAAAACAUAAAUAUACAAAACGUUGACUAAAGUUAAAUGUGGUUCAAAAUUGAUGCUGUAAUUUUUAUUUCCUAUUCAAUUCAAUUCAAUUCAAACUCAUUUAUUCAGUCUAGGCUGUUACAAGCUCUUGUGAAAAUCAAACGCUACGCCAUCGGUUCGUAAAUCUACGGCGGUAGACCUUAUACUGAGAAGAACCGGCAAGAAACUCAGCAAGGGCUAUUUUUUUCUCCUUGUUUUGUUUCAUACAGGUUGCUUUCCAAUUACAGCAUUAUAGCGCAUUAUGCGGCAUAAUGCUUAACGUUGAGUGUUCCAACUACAGCAACGCUUCGCACAAUUGAGCACUCUCAAAAGUAAUGCUUUCGUGUGAUGCGUGCAAUCGUACCAACUUAGAGACAGAAAAUUAACAAGUGUUUUUUCUUUAAGUUGGCAUUAUAAAUAGUUUUUUUUAAAUAAUCAAAGUUCAUUCAAACUGUUAAAAAAUGAAUAUAAGUAUGGAUGAAGGUACAAACAUUGACUUUUUUUUUCAACACUGAACUUAGCGCACUCUGCUGGUGCAUUUGAAAACUAAUUCACUUUCCAAUUAAGCAUCAGCAUAAUUCAGUAUUGUGCGGCACUGAGUCGCAUUAUGUUCUGUAAUUGGAAAGCAACCACAGUGUCGUCAAAUGAAAGAUGACAUCAAAAAUUGAAUACAUGUGUUGAUGUCAACUUCAAUCACAUUAAUAUUAUAAUAAAAAUAGAAGACCCCACAGCGUUAGACAGCAGAUAGACUUUAAUUAACGUUUAGUUCGCUGAUGUUGCUCUCUUGGCCAUAAUAAUAGUUUUUUUUUUAUUAAGAAAAUUAAUCGAUUAAAAUCCGCCACGUGCAGACUUUCUUUUAAAUUGUUUGUGUUAAAAAAAUAUCAUAUUAUGUAAUAUUUUUAAGAGUGUUUGUUUUUGAGUGUUAAAUAUUAUUUAAUGUUUAAGAAUCUUAGAGUGACUUGCACAAUAUUUGAUACUAAAGGUGAUAUAAAUGAUUUGAUUUUAUUAACGGGUAUGGAACGCGAUUUAUUUUUUACUGACAUUAUUAUUGAGAUUCGAACUUUUCACGAAACUGUCUCAGUAAACUUGGCCGAAUCAUUUUGCUAAAUAAAACAAGCUGCUACUAGUGAAAUGUGGUUAUGUACAGGGUGUUUUAAUGUUGUUUUUUUAUAGAUAUAAUUUUUGUUUUUUAAGCAUGUAACUGCUCGAUGUUUAAAUCUAAAGAAAAUAUUACUAGAAAAAUUUAGAUCUAAUUUCCACGCGGACCAAGCAGCAGACGGAACUCGAAUCAGACUCGAUCAAAUACUCGAAACUCUUAAAAAAUAAAAAUUAUAACUAUAACUGCUAUUUCUUCUUUCAAACGUUUAAUGCUUGUAAAGGUCUUCAUUUGACAUUGUGGGUUGCCAACAAUUCGAAGAGAUGGCCUUGCAGCUUAAGAAGGGCUAGAAAGAAUUCCACACGGCCAUCAGGGCCGCGGUAGCAUAAUUGUUUUUUUUUAUGUUAAACGGGUGACAAACAAGUUUAUGGCUGCCUUACCCCUACCCCUUGGAGCUCAGGAAUCUUACUCAGCGACAGAAACACAAUACCACCAAAAGGUGGUGUUAUUUUACUGCGAUGUUCUGUAAGGUGGAGAUUACUUCCCCAGGCGAGCGCUCCAAUUCGAGCGGGAAAUCCGCUAUAUCCUACCUCUCUUUAAAUGAUGUUCAAAUAUUGCGCGAGUCGCUCUUAUCAAUAAAUAGAUCUAUUAGGAGGGGAGGCGGGCAAUGCUUUUUCCAUAUAAACGUUCUCGAUUGAUUCCUCCUUGAGUUUUAUCACUAAAGAAAUGAUUUUCAUGUACAAAAUACAAUUUUACUCAUUCUAUGCUCCUAUGUCUUCCUUUUUCCGAUAACUUGUGUCUUGACGACCUCCGUGGCCGAGUGGUUUGAACGGCGGGUUUCAUGGUGUCGCCGACACGAGAGGUCCCGGGUUCGAAUCCCGGUGGGGGCAGAUGUUUGUGUGAUGAAUACGAGCAUUUGUAAUCCAGUCAUGGAUGUUUAACAUGUUUUUCUAUAUAAAUAUACUUAUAUAUGUACAGUAUAUGUAUUCUAUCCGUUACCCUAGUUUCCCAUAACACAAGCCUUAUAGUGCUUAGUUUGGGGCUAGGCUAAUUGGUAUGAAUGUUGGAAAUAUUUAUUAUUAUUAUUUAAAGAAACAAGAAGUCAUCGAAAACGGCCAAAAAUAAAAAUAAAAUAUUAUCACCACUAAAGACGUCUAGUGUGGUGAUUUAAUAAGCAUUUACAAAAAAAGUAAAACAUAGAGGCAUAGUAUAACUACUUAUUAUUCUUUGUGUAUAUUUAUCAUUUACAUAUAACUUAUUUACGAGGAUUAUCAUGAGAGCACUAAACCUCGAAUUUUUCAUUUUUAUACGCAAUUUUCAGCGUUAACUACUGUUGUCCCUAUCGCACGGUAUUUGCCAAUGCAUGACAGCAAUAGCUCUUUACAAAUAUGUACCUAUUUCUCAAAACUCAUCUCGCGUCCGCUCUUAAGAAUCAACCAAAGCAACACUAAAGAUGUCAAUCUGGACCACUCGCGAUAUAUCUUUAGUACCGUACAUUAUAAGCAUUUAGAUAUUAAUACAAGGGUGAGCUUGUUAGACGAUAUUGUACAUAUUUUAAGUUAGGUUAUUGGGCUGUGUGCACAUACAUACUUUAAUUGCAGUCAUCUAUCGGUAUUGGAAAGAUAAAUCUUUAAAAAAAACUAGUUAAAAUUGUGUAUUGAUUUAUUAGCUUUGUACAUAAAAAUUACUUGUACCAAAUUUGUCAAAUCUCGAUAUAACUAAACUAGAUUUAAUGUGAAAACGUCAAUUCGACAUUAUUGUAUGGGCUAAAUCUAGUUUAGGUUAAAUCAAAAUAUUGCAUAAUUGCUGCAUCUAUCAGUUUAAUGCUUUAAACAACGACAUUUAAAACCUUCUCGAUACACCACAUGCGUUCAAAAUGUGUCCCAGUCAAGAAGUGCUUAAACACGACUCGAGCACAGAAGCACUUCUCGGUUCACAGUCACGCGUUGACCGUUGAAAAGUCGACAUACCGCAGAGCUCCGAAAAAAAAAUCGAAAAAGUACUUAGAGUAGGUAGAGUGUCGUGUUUUCGACAGGUAUCUAAGCAAUGUUUGUUAAUUUAACGCAUUUGAAGCAAAUUUUGUUCUAAUACUUACUAUAAACUGAUUUAAUAGAAAAUAUUUGUGAUAUUCAAAUGCAUGGUCGGUUAUAUAGCCGCUUCUUUUCCUUGUGCUCCGUACCUGCUAUAUUGCUGACAGUGCAUUCAGAAUUACGAUAUAGAGUCUUAGAAAUAAAGUCUAUAUUCUUCCGCCUAUAGCAACAAAUCGUUAGAUUUUACGAGCUUGCAUUUCGAACUGUCAUAACUGUUCGACGCAUGCGUUUAAAAUAUUUAAAUUAAAGUUCAAAUGAAAGCGCAACGUCUCUCCGCUUUUGUGCCGCUCUAGUACGGUUUUACCGUAGUAAGACCUUAUUUUAUAUGCAUUCAAGUUGACUUUGAAUGUUUAAAUAAUGUCUUAUAUUGUUUUUGACUAUGCUAUCAUCUUACGGAGCUCCGUGGAUCGUUCAAUGUACCUUUUGGCCAUCUUUCGACCACUAUUUUGUUCGUGAUGUUGUAUCUAGGUUAUUAAAUAUCGGUGGCUUAAAAUAACAAUGUAACAAAUAAGAGAGAUAAUUUUGAAAAAGCUGUUUUGAAUGAAUAGGGUUGUUAGGCGUCCGAAUAGGGUUACUAAGACAAGAUAGAAAAACUAAGGUCGUGUUGUUUCAUCGAUAGUAAAAUUUGACAAUAGUUAAUUUGACAGUAGAAUGGCCCCCUGGGGACCAAUCGCCUAAUGGGAUUACCAUGUCUAUUACUUUUGCUUUAGUUUUCAUUUUGUUCUUUCUGACCACCGAAAGUUUCAAAUGCCUCGUGCUCUUUUUUUUCUUUUGUAUUGGUAACAACAAUACAAAGGAAAAUGAGCGUACGGUAUUUGAAAACCUUCGGCGGUUAGAAAUAACAAAAUAAAAUCGUAAGCUACAGCGAUAGCCAUAGCUAUUACGCUAGGCGCUUCAACGCGGCUUAAGUUGUCUAUCCUGUCCAACUAUUUGUUUACGAAACAUGGCAACUCUAAUUACGGAUAUAGCGAAUAGCCAUAUAAAUAUUUUUUUCUCUAUUCUCACGUUUCAAUGAUUUUCAAAUGUAUUAAUUAUCCUACAUAAUACCUCAGUGUCAUUUCUAAACUUAUAAUUAUGGUUUAAAAAAAAGAUGUCUACUUAGAUUUGUCUAAAGUUAAAUUUGGAAGUAGUAUUAUUAGCUAUACAGCAGAAAAGCUUGGUGUAAGAAUGAAUUGAAAUCAAAUACGCAAAGCAAAGUUAAGUCUAAAUAAGUGUAAGACAGCGCCAUUACAAGUUUGUUGUUAUUAAAAAAUGUAUCUUAAAAUUGUUGCCUUUAUACUCUAGCAGCAUGUGGGGCAGUAGUUUCACCAGUUGCUGUAGCCCUAUUCGCUAACUGCCUUUGACAGAUGAAAGUGAUAUUCACCGAGCUAUUUAUUAGUGAUGCACUUUAAUGCGAUUCAACUAAGAAUAGGACCGACUAGGCGCCAUAUUGUGACGUCAUAGCUGUCAAUUCAAACCAAAUAGGUAGAGUUAGCAAAAAAAUGAUUUUAUUUAAUAAAACUUGUUUAUUAAGAUUAAGUGAGAAAAAACAUUAGAUUUUUUAAUAAAAUUAAUUUACUAAGAUUGAGAUAAAACACAAACGAUUUUUAAUAAUAUUUCUUUAAUAAGACUGUGUUAGAAAAAACAUUAAUCAAAAUCUAGCUCUUCAAUUCCGCUCAUCUCUGCAUUACCGCCGGAGUAGUUAUAAAUAUUCAUGCAGGUCACAUACGAACAUGCAUCCUUUAUGUAAACGAAAGUUUUAAAUGGAGUUUCUGAACGCAACAUAAAGUGACAUUUGGUUGACGAUUUAGGUUAUCAAACGUUCAUAGCCAAAGCUCAAUAAAAGAAAAAAAAUAUCAACGAAUAUUAAUUAUCAAUAUUUGUUAUUGUUUGUUUAAAAAUGUUUGGUUUUAUUCUAGAAUUAGCUGUGCUAAAAAUGUGUUCCGAGAUUUUUUUGCAAACUAUACUUUUCAAGCGACAUUUGACAGAUGGAGGUCAUUGGCCUUCCUAUUUUUAUUUGUAUCGCAUUAUAAGAUGACUUGUUCUGAAAUGCAUCGAUGGAACCACUGGUAUAGAUACUUAUUAUCUAUACCAGUGGCUGCACCAUCGAUCGCUUUCUCUUUAUUUUAUCACCUAAAGUCUCUGCGUGCUAUUCAAACUUAAUGGCGUUUGUGAAGUUAGCAGCGAGUGCAACUAUAAGCAGAAUACAGUUAGAGUGAAUAAAAACACCCCGCUCAUCCUAAAUUUUCAUUUACUGCGCUGCGCCUUACGCUAACUUCACAGUCGAUUGACAUCGUGCAUGCUAUACGCCAAAUAUUUAUAUUAUUAUUUAGACGGAGCGCCUUAAAAUUCACAAACGUAAAUAUAUAGCUUUAUUAAAUUUGCCGUGGUCCUUUACUUUAAUAUUGUUUGCCAUUAUUUGUAUAUAAAAAUACUUUAAAGACAAAGCAGUUAUACAGUAAGUACUGGCAACAGCUCGUCUACUUUACCACUGCAACUGAUUUUAAUCUUUGAUCCCAUCCAGUAAGAUUCAAAAUAGAUUGGUGAAUUUUGACAGUUGUUUCAUCUGAAUAGUGGUCGCGUGUACAUUGGCAUUCGUUGUGAAUGAAGAAAGUUAAAACUCAGUAAUAAUAGGAUUAAUAUUAAUUAGGUUUAUCAAAACUUCAAAAGACAAAUUAUUAUGUAAACAUACGAUUUUCCAAAAUUAUGUGUCUGUAUUGUUGUUGACCGUGAUAAAUAAACCAAUGAUAAUCC